GAAAACAGACCUUCAACAUCGAACAAGUUACUUGAGUGAAAAAGUGAGGAUGGUCGAACAGGAAACGAUCACAGAAGACGAAGCAGCGUUGUAUGACAGACAGAUACGACUUUGGGGCCUUGAUGCUCAGCGUAGGUUGCGAUCCGCCAAAGUGUUGCUAGCUGGAUUGAGAGGCCUUGGCGCAGAAGUUGCAAAAAAUAUCGUCUUAGCAGGCAUAAAAUCGCUGACUUUGUUGGAUGACACUUUAGUGUCCGAAGAAGACGCAUGUUCUCAGUUCUUGGUGAGUCGAGAUGAUGUGGGGAAAAAUAGAGCGACAUGUUCUUUAAGCAGAACACAACAGUUAAAUCCUAUGGUGACAGUCACAGCUGACACAGAGAUAUUAGAUAACAAGGGAGACGACUUCUUCAGCCAGUUUGAUGUGGUGUGUGUGACAUGCUGCUCCCAGGCAGCCAUGACCCGUAUCAGUGACAUCUGCCACAAGAAGAAGAUCCAGUUUUUUGCAGGGGAUGUGUAUGGAUACUUUGGCUACAUGUUCAGUGAUUUAGGAGAGCAUGAAUAUGUGACAGAAGUUCUCAAACCUAAGCCAAAAAGAAGUGAUGAAGGUAGUGGAGAACCCGCAGCCAAAAAAACGAGAACAGAAGAGAGAGAGACGAUAAUGGUGAAACAUAGUGAAAAUUUUGUGGAGCUCAAGGAUGCCUUAAGCGUUGACUGGACAGAAGAAAGCAACAGUAAGAAAGUGAAGAAAACUCCAAGUACAUUCUUUCUACUGCAAGUUUUGUUAAAGUUUAUAGACGCAGAAGGUCGUCGUCCGUCAACAGGCUCUGUGAGUACAGAUAUUGAAACUCUACUUAAAAUCCGUGAUGACAUUCUGGAUAAACACAAAAUCAACAAAGAAGUUUUGCCAAAUGAUUUCUUCAGCCAUUGUUUUGCUGAGCUGAGUCCAGUUUGCGCUGUGGUAGGGGGAGUUCUAGGACAGGAAAUAAUCAAGGCUGUGUCAAAGAAAGAUCAACCUCACAACAACUUUUUCUUCUACAACGGCGUGGAGGGAAGCGGGUUGGUGGACACGAUUGGAUCCUGAAAUGUGAAGCCGGUUACAUGGCUUGACUGCUGGAAGAGGGCAAUAUGGAUGGUGCUACGUUCGUUAUGUGUAAUCCUCACCGUGGGGUCGGUUGUUCAAGACUGUGUUAAGACUCUGUACCAGAUUUAACUUCAAGCCCAGUCCUCAGUUUUGUGCUUGGCCCAAAAAUAAUUGUGUAUAGCAGUAUAUUAGAUAUGAACUGAAUCUGCUGCUGUUCCAUUUGGUUUCUGUAAAACUCUGUUGAUUGCUUGGUUUUGAUACAAUCAUAAAUAUGUAAUGUGACUUAAUACCAGUAUUAGCUAAUAUACUAUUGAAUAACUGGGCCAUGGUGGAGUAUUCUGUCAGAAAAACCAUGACCUAGAUCUCACUUCAGAGUAAAUGUCAGCCACAGAUUUCUCCUAUAGCAAUGAAAAGUUAGAUUAUGAAGUACAUGUAAGUUAGCAGAUUUGGGCACAGCUCCUGCUGGUCCCAACAAUUUCAGGAUGUAAUUUUUUAUAUUUCUUUCAAUAUUUGCGAAAUGGUUGUUUGAUGAAACUUUAAUGUCACCUAGGGCCAGUUGUUCUACACUGUCUUAAGAUUAAUACCAGAUUUAACUUUAGGCCAACUAUUCAGUUUUGCACUUGGUCCCAAAAUAAUUGUGUAACAGUAUAUUAAUAUGAACUAAAUCUGCUGCUGUUCGAUUUGGUCUCUGAUUUCGGUUGCUGUGUUUUCUCUAAAUCAUAAAUAUAUUAAAGGACUUAAUACUGGUAUUAGCUAAUAGACUUUUGAACAACAGGAUCUUCGUCAUGUAAACACCAUGUGUGCAUGAUUGAUAGGCUUAAAGCAUCUGAUUUUGUAUACCUUUGUAGUAUUGUGUGUGUGUAGAGUACAUGUGCAUGUAUUUCCCAGAGCACCUACAAUAGUGUGGAUACAUUUUUCCGACUUUACCAUAUUACCUGAUUUGUCAGUACUUGCAUAUUUAGUAUUGUAUACUCCAUAUAUGGUUAUACUGAUAAAAAUAAUUAUGUGCAAAACAAAAACUGUUUCAGAUAACUUAUGCUGAGCCUGGGUUAAGGCUGUAAUAAAUUUACAUGCACUUAAAUACUUCAACUAUAUUUGAAACAAAAAUUGUGUAUGCUGAGCCUUUGUUACAAUUGUAUCAAAUUUGAUUUACAUGCAUAGGAAUUAUAUUUUUGCCUAACUGCAUUAAUUCAUUCAUGUCAUAUGUGAACACACAUUGGCUCAUUUGCAUGAGAGUAGCUGAGUAAUCACAAUAGGCCAAGCUAGACUGGAGACAAAGUGGUUCCAAAUCUUAGUACCCAAUUACCAAUCCUUUGAUUAAAUGUGUGCUUUUUUUGUAACUCUUUUACAGAAAAAUUCAUGAC